UUUCCUCAGAUUGCUAUCAGUACAUGUUUGGGGUAUUCGUGUCUUCGGGGAAUCGGUAUGACAAGUGAUGACAUCAUUGACGGAGUCACCGGAGGGAAGAAAACACAGGAAGACAAAGGAAGGGAUCGGGAGCCAGGCCAAUAUGCUGCUGUUUCUUCAACGAUCCACGGGUGGUGUUCACACAUUUGCUCUUUCGGCAACUUAUAUCAACAUGACAUCAUUACAUUUCCCCGGAUAUCUGCAAUUAUCUCGGAUUUAAAAGGGCGCAGCCUCUCGGGCCGACCUGUCCGAUCAUCGGAGAAUGUACUGGGGUGUCGGGUUUGCAUCGUCCCGAUCAUGCGUGGUUGACCUGAGCAGGAAUCACAGCUUUUCCCUGGGACUGUGCGGUCCUGAUGACCACUACUCCUUCUAUGGGUACAUAAUCACUUUCCCUCUGCAGGAUUACUCUCACAUCAUGUCAGGGCUGGGCACGGAGUCGUGGUGGAAGAAGACGUUGUGCCUUACCGGGGGCGCCUUGCUGGCAGCGGCUGCCUAUCUCCUGCAUGAAUUACUGGCCAUCAGAAAGGAGCAAAAACUGGAUUCUAAAGAUGCGAUUAUAUUGCAUCAGUUCUCCCGGCCAGAGUGUAAGAUUCCCAGCCUGUCUCCUUUCUGCUUGAAGAUGGAAACGUUCCUCCGAAUGGCUGACUUGCCGUACCAGAAUUAUUUCGACGGCAAACUCUCUCCUCAAGGAAAGAUGCCUUGGAUUGAAUAUAACCAUCAAAAAGUAUCGGGCACAGAAUUCAUUAUUGAUUUUCUUCAAGAUAAACUGGGCGUUAACUUAAAUAAACAUUUGGAUCCCAGCGAUAGAGCAGUUUCAAGGGCCAUCACAAAAAUGGUGGAAGAGCACUUCUAUUGGGCCAUUGUGUACUGUCAAUGGAUCGACAAUCUCCACGAGACUGGAAAAAUAUUGUCUGUCUCAGGUCCAUUCAGUGGCUUUCUGAAAUGGAUACUGUGUCACCUAACAAGAGGAAUUGUUAAGCGGGAAAUGUACGGUCAUGGCAUUGGCCGCUUCUCAAAGGAAGAAAUAUAUACCCUCAUGGAAAAGGAUAUGCGAGCACUUUCGAUCAUCUUGGGUGAUAAGAAGUACUUCAUGGGCCCUAGGCUGUCCACAGUUGAUGCGGCUGUGUUUGGGCAAUUGGCUCAGGCAAUGUGGACUCUGCCUGGAACGAGACCGGAGAGGCUGAUCAGAGAUGAGCUGGUCAAUCUUGCGAUGUACUGUGAGAGAAUUAGGCGAAAGUUCUGGCCUGAAUGGACGGAAGAGAGUGAAGAUGCUUCAUACAGUAACGAAGAUGAAACUAGUGAGGACAGUUUGACUCCCACACCGCUCCAAGACUUCAGUUUGUACUCGCGCACAGAAACUUUUGAUGAAGAAUUAACUGAGAACAGUGUUUCCUGUUCACAAACUCCAGACACCGAUCAGACCGGUCAUUCGCUUUUUGAUUCGGAUGUGGAAAUGGAAGAGUACACAGAUACCGAGCUGGUCAAAUGAAACAUACUAAAGGGUUAACUGUCCCUUCUGCACUUUAAGCAGUCAAACUGAUAUAUUCUGGAGGUCACUAGGAAUCACCCAGUACAAUUAUUGCCAUUCAGACCAAUGUCAAAUCAUCACCUCUUACAGUAGCCUAGAGCACAAGAGAUUCUGUAGAUGCUGGAAAUCCAGAGUGGCACAUGCACACACAAAAUGCUGGAGGAACUCAGCAGGUCAGGCAGCACCCGUAGAAAGGAAUAUGAAGGAGUGGUACUGAUGAAGAGUCUCAGUCCUAAACUUUGAUUCUUUAUGCCUCUCCAUAGAUGUUACCUGACCGGCUCAGUUUCUCCGGCGUUUUGUGUGUACUAUACCCGAUAGUCUCGUCUUACAACAGUAAAGUCUACUCUUUUAAAUGAUAGGAUGUACAUGCUCGAUGAGCAGAACCGUCAUAAUUGUCACUGUGUAGUAGCCCCAUGUGCCUAACGCAUCCGGUUUUGAUGCUACAUCUCUGUACAAAGUGCUUGCCCUUCGUUCAUUUUUGGCAUUUCCAAAGUUCCAUGCCUCUGCGCACGCUCGGCAGUCACUUCACACACCUGUACUCCCGAUCGUUGAUGCAGAUCUCUCAUCGCCAAUCAUGUGGCAGCAACGCCAUGCGUAAAAGCACGCAGACGAGCGGCUCAGUAGCAGUUCAGGCCAGACAUCCGAAUGGGAAAGAAAUACGAUCUGUGUGGCUUUGACUGUGGAAUGAUUGUUCCUGUCAGACAGGGCGUU